AUGGAGAUUAAAUUAAAUGAAAUAGGUGAUAGAAGUGCGCAGCCGGGGUUCGGAGGUAGAGGACUCAACGGCGUCCUAAGUGGGAAGUGGUGGCGGCGGCUUCGCUGUAGCUACGGUGGUUGCAACUUCAGCUCCGAGGGUAGGGAGACGAGCGCAGGAGACAAGCACGGGAGUGGGAAGAAGGAAGGUGUAGGCAGUGAAGAAGGGAGGAGGGAAAUGAGGGGGAUCGGGGAGGGAGGUUCUGGAGAGCAGGGAGACGAGCGCAGAGUGAGGAGCGGGAAAAGAUCAGGAAAUGAGGGAAGAGAAGGAAGACUGGGGAAAAAGUUAUAA